AUGUUACAACCAACCCCUACAUCAACACCCUCUGCUUCUCCUGCUCCAUCGUCGAUUGAGGAGAAGGAUGCAAAAAUUCCUUCAAAUGCAGGUUUGCCUCCUUCCAACAAUGCAAAAGUUACUUUUACGGAAAAGCAAUUAGAGGAGUACAGGGAAGCAUUUGAUAUGUUUGUGAAUCAAGACAUUGCAAAACAAGAGCAAGAGGAUUCAAAAUUUAGGAGUUUCAAAAGAGUGGAUUCUUUCAUGGAUCGAAAACAAUCGAGCUUUAUAAUCAAACAAUCGGAGCUGAAAUCAGAUUCUCGACAAACAGAUAACGACAAUGAAUAUGAUGAAUUUGGAGAUUUAAUCUCCAGUGACAGCGAUCCUCAGGAGGAGGAAGAUAAUGAACCAAGUAUUAACUUGGCAAAACUUGGAAGUAUAAUGAGAAGUUUGUUUCAAAAUCCAACAGAGACGGAAUUGAAAGACAUGAUUAAGGAAGUGGAUGCUGACGGAAAUGGAGAAAUUGAAUUUGAUGAAUUUCUCUUACUGAUGGCUAGCAAAGCCAAUGAACUCGACUCGUUUGAAGAAAUGAAAGAAGCAUUCAACUUGUUCGACAAGGAUAAAGAUGGAAUCAUUACUGUAGGCGAAGUUCAAAAAGUAUUUGCUCAUAUUGGAUGUGACUUGACGUUGGACGAAUGUGAUUUGAUGAUCAAAGAGGUCGAUCAAACAGGAAAAGGUAUUGGUAUUGAAUUUGAAGAUUUUGUAAAAUUAAUGAAGAUGAGUAAGGAAGAAUUGAAUGAAUCUGUCAAGCACAUUAUUGAAUACGACAACUGUCUGGAAGACUUGCGUGAAUUGCAAAAAGUAUUUCAUGAAGCGAAUACGGACGAGCAAAAGCUCAUCAAUCAAGAAAUUCUUCAAUUGCAAGAUGAACUCAUUCUCAAGAAACAGUUAAGAGACAAACAAGUGUACAAAGGUAAACAUACAAGAAAAAUGUUAGCAAGUUGUUUAUACUAA